CAUUAAUACAUGUAAGAAAAUUAUAGAUACAGCAUCAUGUACGUAUACAAUACCCACUCUGCGCCAAAAAUGUAUAUUUAUAUGGCCUACUCUCCUCUCCUGUGACAUCUAAUUCAUCUUUUCUCAGGGCUACAUUGCGAUCAAUUCGAUUGGGUAGGGAUUGUUUGAUUGGAUUGUGAGGUUGUUGAAGGAAGUGGGAACUGACUUGCAUUGUUUCGGUUUGAUGUGUUGCUUCGGGAAUUAGGGGUUUUACGACAUUGUUGAAUAGAUCCUGAAAAUUGGCUCCUCAAAGACGAUCGCAGCGCCACAUGGGUGGCCAGAUGCAACAGAGCAAUGCUGCGGCAACUGCUCUGUAUGAUCACCCUAGUAUGGCCGGUGGGUCCUUGCACAAUGCAGGGACUUCGAGUGAUGCUGGAGAUGCGGUCAUGGCACGGUGGCUUCAGUCUGCCGGGUUGCAGCAUCUGGCCUCACCAUUGGCUUCUAGUGGGGUUGAUCAGCGCCUUUUACCUAAUCUCCUUAUGCAGGGUUAUGGAGCUCAGUCUGCUGAAGAGAAACAGAGGCUUUUAAUGUUAAUGAGAAACCUCAAUUUCAGUGGGGAAGCUGGUUCCGAACCAUAUACUCCUACUGCCCAAAGUUCCAAUGGGAUUACUGCAUCAGAUGGAUUCUAUUCUCCAGACUUUAGGGGAGAUUUUGGAGCUGGUCUUUUGGAUCUACAUGCUAUGGAUGACACGGAGCUUCUCUCUGAUAAUGCUCUUACAGAACCAUUUGAGUCGUCUCCUUUUAUGACUGAUGUAACUGAAGCAGUUGACAAUGACUUUGAGGUGAUACCUAACCAACAACAAAGAGGGCAAGCAGAUGGAGAUACUUCACGUGUAUUGCCUACCAAUGAGAAGGAUAAUACAAGGGAAAACAAUGUUGCUAAGAUUAAAGUUGUGGUUCGGAAAAGACCAUUAAACAAGAAGGAAGUUUCUCGUAAGGAGGAUGACAUCGUGACUGUUUGUGAUCAAGCUCUGUUAUCUGUACACGAACCCAAGUUAAAGGUGGACUUGACUGCUUAUGUGGAGAAACACGAGUUCUGUUUUGAUGCUGUCUUAGAUGAAGAAGUGACCAAUGAUGAGGUGUACCGUGCUACUGUGGAGCCAAUUAUUCCUAUCAUUUUCCGAAAAACGAAGGCAACUUGUUUUGCUUAUGGCCAGACAGGAAGUGGCAAGACAUACACCAUGCAACCUUUACCUCUUAGAGCUGCGGAAGAUCUUGUUAGAAUAUUGCAUCAACCAACUUACCGUAAUCAGAAGUUCAAAUUGUGGCUUAGCUACUUUGAGAUAUAUGGUGGAAAGCUAUAUGAUCUUCUUACUGAUAGAAAGAAACUGUGCAUGAGAGAAGAUGGUCGGCAACAAGUUUGCAUUGUUGGAUUGCAAGAAUUUGAGGUUUUGGAUGUACAUAUUGUUAAAGAGUACAUUGAGAGGGGAAACGCAUCAAGAAGUACAGGGUCUACUGGUGCUAAUGAGGAAUCAUCUAGGUCACACGCAAUAUUACAACUAGUUGUUAAGAAGCACAAUGAGGUGAAAGAAAAAAGGCGUAACAAUGAUGGAAAUGAGACUAAAGCUGGGAAGGUUGUGGGGAAGAUAUCCUUUAUAGAUCUCGCUGGUAGUGAAAGAGGUGCUGAUACGACUGACAAUGACCGACAAACACGGAUCGAGGGAGCUGAAAUAAAUAAGAGUCUUUUGGCCCUUAAAGAGUGUAUUCGAGCUCUUGAUAAUGACCAGAUUCAUAUUCCAUUCCGCGGGAGCAAGCUCACGGAGGUGCUUCGUGACUCCUUUGUUGGCAACUCUAGGACCGUUAUGAUCUCUUGUAUUUCUCCAAAUGCUGGUUCAUGUGAACAUACACUCAAUACAUUAAGAUACGCUGAUAGAGUGAAAAGCCUUUCCAAAAGUGGGAAUCCGAAGAAGGAUCAGGGCGCAACUCCAGUAUCACUCCUCAACAAGGAGAAUACAUCAAUACCUCAGGUGUCAACUGGUGGGGAAGAUGUUUAUGACCAGGAACAGGAGGUUAAAGCGGUGGAUACUAGUAGAAGGGUUGCAGAAAAGAACUAUCAAAAACCCAUUGCUGAUAUAGACAAGCAAUCCACUACCUUCCCUUCACAUCAAUCGUUUAAAAGCCGCGAGGAAAGUGGAGUGGUUUCUAGCUUUGUGGAUAAAGAGAGGGCUGACCUGAAAAAUACAUCAGUUGGUUCAACCAGUCACAAAUUAUACUCAGCGUCAUCCUCCCAUAAUGCGGUUGACACUGAAGAGAAGGUGCAGAAGGUAUCACCGCCUCGGAGAAAAACCUUUAGGGAUGACAAACCUGAUAAGCUGCUGAGAAAAGAUGGCACCGGCUUUGAUCAGUCCAAUACACCUUACCAGCAAAAGAACACAACACACACAAAUAACAUAACACAUGAGCAGCUCGAAACAGAAGCUCCUCUAAAUGGGAAUAAUAAUGAAAUACUUGAGGAAGAAGCAGCCCUGAUUGCAGCCCAUAGAAAAGAAAUUGAAGACACGAUGGAGAUUGUGAGGGAUGAAAUGAAAUUGUUGGCUGAAGUCGACCAGCCAGGUAGCCACAUUGACAGUUACGUGACUCAACUAAGUUUUGUGCUGUCGCGCAAAGCAGCAAGUCUUGUCAGCCUACAAUCACGGCUUGCCAGGUUCCAACACCGACUAAAAGAACAGGAGGUUCUUAGUAGGAGGAGGGUUCCUCGCUAAAUUCAAAUCUAUCCCUCAGAAUGUGACAGGCAGCAGCUUUUCUUCUCUGUAUACAUCAAUGUGUCAUUUCGAUAGCCAAAAACACUCCCUAAAGCUAAUGUACAAAAUUUACAAACUUUCCACAAUGAUAUGAUAUGUUCUUGUAUCA